CGUAUUGCGCUUCUCUGCCUCCUUAAUGCGGCCGCCGCCGCCGCCGCGGCUCAGAACUUCUUAUAUAAGUGUUAAAGUGGCCGCCUGCUGAAGAUGAACGCAUCUUGGCUUCGCAGUCCCAUCAAAGCGCCGUUGUCGAGAUCACUGGGGAAAAGGUAGCCGUGACCGGAGCGUAGAGCUGCAGCGACCAGCAAGGGCAGGUCCUGCGAGUCAGCAUGAGUUGCUCGGAUGUGGUGAGGCACCAGGCACAGGCGACGUGUCACCCGUCCCAGGUGAAAUUGCCCGCAGCAUCCUCCGUGUCUUCCACGAGUCCUUGUCCGUUCUCCACACCGGCGUUCGCGUCGAGCCAACAGAAUAAAAUAGUUGUAUACAGUAAGAUGCAAGAAACUCUGGAAGUAACACUUUCUAAUAAGCAAGAGGAAGAGGAGAAAGAUCAGCCUACUGAAAUGGAAUACCUUAAUUCUCGCUGCGUCCUUUUCACCUACUUUCAGGGAGAUAUUGGCUCAGUGGUGGAUGAACACUUUUCAAGAGCUUUAAAUCAAGCCAAUAACUUCAAUUCAGAGGCUGUUCUUUCAAAAACCAAAACAGAUUUAUGGAGAGAAAACACAACAAUUGCAAACCAAAGGAGGAGCUUCCCAGCUUCAUUUUGGACCAGUUCUUAUCAAACUCCACCUCCACCAUCUUUAAGUGGGAUUCAUCGUGAUUUUCCCAUUACUAUACCAAGCACCUUUUCAGUAGCAGAUCCUAACAGCUGGCCAGGGCAUACGUUGCAUCAGACUGCUCCACCUCCUUCAUCUAACAUGCCAGAGUCUUGGCAUUAUCCUUUAGCAUCUCAGGUGAGCUCUUCAUAUGGACAUAUGCAUGAUAUGUACAUGCAUCACCAUCAUCCCCAUGUACACAUGCAUCAUCAUCAUCAUCCGACUUCACAUCUUGACCCACGGUACAGACCUUUGCCAGUGCCCUCAGUUUGUUCAGGCAAGAUUCCUCCACCACAGUGUGAUGCAAUGAAGUCAGAUCCUACUACUGUCAGCUGUGCUACCUCGGCUUGGGCAGGAGCCUUCCAUGGGACAGUUGAUAUUGUGCCAACGUUUGGAUUUGAAACAGCAGGCACCCAACAUCAGGACAAAACUAAGGCGGCUUUAUGGUUUUGAAGUACAAAUGGAACUUGUAAAGAAUCAACAUUAAGAGUUCCUAUCCUUGAGAAAGGGAUAUGGUACACCUUUUCCAUCUGUCUCUCUCCUCUCUGCAUCUUCACAGCACCACUAGACAUUUUGCUAAGCAGAUGCUGAGCCUACUGUAUCAUAUGACUGAUCCUUUAUACCCAGCUGCCUAUUUGUCAAUCUCAGGAUUGUUAAGUAGAAAUGAGAUGAAAAGACAACAGCUAUUCAUCAUCCAUCAUUUGUCACCUGAAUCUGCAACAGCAUUUCUGAUAUCCAUCUUUUUAUGCCGCUAAAUAAGCAUUUGGUGUGGUUGUAUUGGCAUCUAAUAUUAAUGCACAAUCAGGUGAGGACAUAACUGAAACUAAUUGUUAAAUUUUGGGAAUGCAUUUUGGUAGCUAUUUGUGAAUCCUUUUUGAGGAAAUACAGAAAGUUUACAUAAAUAUUUACAGGAUAUUUUAGAACAGAUUGUUUUUUUAAAGUUAAAUAAUGUUAAAGUUCUGUUUAAAGAACUUGUCUGCAGAGGUGCACUGUCAGAUGUUUUAAAUGCCUACUUUUAGUUGUUUGUGGAACUUUAUUGUUAUUUGCUCAAAUAUCUUGUAAUUGUUCACUGUUCGCUAUAUAGAUUGUCCUACAUAGAUAACAAAUUCUUGAAUGUGUUUUACCUUCUUAUGAACAAUCACUUACAUAUAAAAUAGUUUUAAUAGCUGCAGCAUCAAAAACAUGAGCGUAAGCUUUACUGCUUUUAAUGAAAACUUUGAGAUAUGGACAAUUUGUUUCAAAAUGUAAUCGGAUACAGAGCUUUUGACUGAAAAUCUAACUGCAAAGGAAGCUUUGGUCUUAAGUUUACACUGACAUUAAUGCCAUUCUUACUGUUGAGCACAAAAUACCUAAUAUUAGCCUAAUUUCUUUCAGCUUCAAUCUUAAUUAAAAUACCUGAUUGGGUGCUUUAGAAGCCACUUUAUAUUGCACUUGUACGUGUCUCUUUUUCCCCCUCAUUGCAAACUAUUUGGAAGUUUCCUACUUAUACCAGCCUUGAAAUCCAUGAUUAGGAAGUACUUUAAGCAAUCUAUGUAGCAUAUACAGUAGACUGGAAAGUAUGAGGUGAUGCUACAAAGAGAUUUGGUACAAGUACAGUUUUGAAAUUUUAAACAAAACUCAUCUAGAGAAAGUCUGGCUUUGCUGUUGCUAAUAGCUGACACUGACUUGAUUAGACAUGAGUUAUGAAUGUAGUAGAGCCUGCCAAUUACAUUUGUAAACCAAAUGUUAACUGAAUUAUGUUAAAUUAAAUGGAUUUGUUAAUUGAGAUCAUUAAGUGCACAUGAUGUAUCUCAUGAGGGGAAGACAAUGGGUGACCUAGUGCUGGACCACUCAAGGCCUCCUUCAACCCACUGAGAUAUCUCAUGCUUUCCCCCCACCCUGCCCCACCGGGUGUCCACAUAUGCUGGGCCUGUUUCCUUCCAGAUUCCAAUUGUUCCCCCCUACCCAUGCCUGAUUGCUCACUGACUUUUCAAAGAUCACCAGAGUUCCAGACCAACAGCCAUCUUUAGUCAGAUACUGGUGAAGCUGUAAGAAUGUGAGAACUAAAGAAAACAGUUUUGUCAGCCCUGUGAGCCCAAUGAAACAAAUAAGCACUGUAUUGGCUGCCACUGCUGCCUUUAUGCCCCAAUUCCUGAAGCCACUCAUUCAAACCAGCCAUCCAGCAGCAAGCAGGCCAGGACCAAACAAAGUCUGCAUGGCAGUAAAGCAGUGGGGGCAUUGGCCUCAUGGUGUAAAGCCAUGGGGCAGGAUGGGGAGUUAAAUAGUCAGUGGGCAUGUUGCGGUGUCUCUGUGGUCAGUCAUAAGGAUGAAUGACCAAUGAAACAUACGUUACUUGAUAACCAGGUUGUAAGUACUUUUUUGGGGGGGUGUCAUAAUUUUGAACCAUAACUAAGUAAAAUUGUAAUACCUCGAGGAAUACCUGUAUUUAAUAACCCAAUCAACAUUCUGUUGAACCAACUGUUUUAGUUGAAUAUGAAACAGACAUUAAUUAAUAAUUUUAGUAAAAUCAGAGAGAAUAACAAUAAUAAAUAUGGUAAACUUAUCAUCAAAAUAUUAAACACCAGUAUUUAGUGAAAUUAUUAAAAUUGUGGUUUGAUUUGUCCAAAGUUAUAUUUUAACUAAUUAGGGAUAUUUCUAAUGGAAAUCAUAGAAUGGGUUUUGUUUCAACAGGUAACCACAAUGGAAAAUGGCUUUUGUGAUCUGGAUUUGGUUUCUAUUUGUGCAAACUUUAUAUAUUUACAAAAAGCUCAUUACUAUUAAGUACUGGAAUAAAGCUGUUCUUUUUUCAUAAGCAUUUUCCCUUUGCAGUCUAUUGAAUGUCUUUUCUACCUCUCUUCAGAACUGUUUUUUUAUCCUGAAUAUAAUGUAUUGAUUUCUAGUUCAUCCAAAGAUUUCAAAUGUUCUAAAAUUGCAUGUUCUCUUUCCUUCAGUGUAAAGCUUUGAUCUACUGAAGUUGUUUAAAGUUUCCCAUGCUCAGAGCCAUAUGUACCUUUAAAAAAAAGGCAGGAAAUGUGUCAAUGUCUGGAAAGGGUAAGGAAGGAGAAAGAACUAUGUAAGAGUAGAAAGAAGCAAAAAGCCAGGAAGAGCUAAAGGUGUACAAACCAAGUGGAGGUGUGCAAAUAUAGGUGUAGAAAACUACAGAGAUUGUCUUGUCUGUAAGACCCUGAAUCACAGCAGUAUCAUAACCAUCAAUUUAUAAUAAAUAGAAGUGAACACAAUUAUUCAAAAGUGA